CAUAAUUUCAUUAUUUUUCAUACAAAUUGUGCAAUGACGCUCAAAUUAUAUAUUAAUAUUUCAUCAUAAGAGUGAGAGAGGGAGAGAGAAAGAAAAAAUUCUAUUUUCAAUGAGAAAAUACGCAUCACUAAAAUUCUCAAUAAAGACACCUUAUCGGAACAUAGGAGGAAAAAUGGAUCAUAAACUUUCGAUUGAACAAAACAGUACAAAUUUCGCGCUUUAGAAAUGAACAUCAUUUUUAUUCACUACGUUGAGCAAAAGUGUAAAUAAGAGAGUUGGAAUUAAUAGUACAAGUAUAAUGAAACAAUUGGAAUUUCGGAAAAGAAUAAUUGUUAUAUCCGUUCACUGAUGUUUCAAUCGUAAGGAAUGUAUAUUGUAGAAAAUGGUCACGAUAACACUAACCAAAAAGCCACGGUAUUAUCAGGAACAACGUCAGUGAAAAUGGGUAGCCAUUUUGAUUUUUGGUGUGCGAAUACCGCGGACCAUCGUGAAGAGUGUUUGUCGUGUGAUAGGCUAAACGACUGUGGACGUUUAACUAUGUCCAUGGUUUUUUUCCCAGUUGAUUAACCCCUUACUGUGAAUCAAACGUUUCGUACGGUACGUAUUGUCAACGAUAUAAAGUCAAAUUAGGAGCGAAAUACUCGGAAUGCAAACCGUAUAUGUAAACCGAUACAGGCCGAUAUACCAGGUGCAGAAUAGAGACUAUGCAGAAGUGAGUGAGGGCGCACAACUCGCGCCCUAGGAGGCGAGGCAUAUCUCGCCGUAUUUGUCAUACGACGUUACGUGUAAAAGGUGGGCGAUACGACGACGAUAGAUUCGACGGCGUCUUCGUGUCGUCUCAUACGUACGCCGUGAAACGUCGUUUAGAUAUUUCCGGAUCUCAAGUUUCCUGAAAACGACGUCCUUGACUGGUACUGUUUGACAGCUAGAAAACUAACCCUUGGUUCGAUGCCCUUCAGUGCGAACGAUCUUUUAUAUAACCGGUUUACACGUUUUACAAUAUGCUGUCGAGUUGUACGAGCGUACGACCGCGACGCGUUUUUAUAGCACGUGAAUUUCUGGUCGAAUGACAUUCAAAAACUAGGAAGGAAACUGUGUGUUCCAUACUCAUCUAUACUUCAUUUGUAUUACUGAAGUUCGUCAUAUACAUUUGAGAACAUCAUUGAGAACCAUGAAUGCUUCAGAACACGGGUUUAAUCCAGCCUUUAAUAUGGCCUCCAUAAAACAAGCAUUUAAUGAAGCAGUAGAAAGAGUCUCAACAGUUAGAAUGCCUGCACCAACUCGAUUGAGGGAUCUCAUCAGACAAAUAAGAGCUGCUAGAACUGCAGCAGAAGAAAGGACAGUUGUUAACAAGGAAUGUGCUUAUAUUCGUUCAACAUUCAGAGAAGAAGAUAGUGUAUGGAGAUGUCGCAAUAUUGCGAAACUUUUAUAUAUUCAUAUGCUUGGAUAUCCAGCUCAUUUUGGUCAACUAGAAUGUCUAAAACUUAUUGCAUCUCCAAGGUUCACAGACAAACGAAUUGGUUACUUAGGUGCAAUGUUACUGCUAGAUGAACGACAAGAUGUUCAUCUUUUAAUUACAAAUUGUUUAAAAAAUGAUUUAAAUAGCUCCACACAAUUUGUUAUUGGUUUGGCAUUAUGUACUUUGGGUGCAAUUGCAUCACCAGAAAUGGCAAGGGAUUUGGCAUCUGAAGUUGAAAGGCUAAUGAAGUCAGCAAAUGCAUAUAUUCGAAAAAAAGCAGCACUUUGUGCAUUCAGAAUUAUUAGACGUGUACCAGAGUUAAUGGAAAUGUUUCUACCUGCUACUCGUAGUUUAAUUACAGAGAAAAACCAUGGUGUAUUAAUUACAGGUGUCACACUUAUUACAGAAAUGUGUGAAAACAGUGUUGAUACAUUGAAUCAUUUUAAAAAGGAAUGCGGCCAUCGAGAGAUUGUGCCAAAUCUUGUGAGGAUCUUAAAAAAUUUGAUACUAGCUGGAUAUUCUCCAGAACAUGAUGUAUCUGGAGUAUCUGAUCCGUUCCUUCAAGUAAAAAUAUUACGUCUCCUUCGAAUUUUGGGACGUAAUGAUAUCGAUGCAUCCGAAGCAAUGAACGAUAUACUUGCACAAGUUGCAACUAAUACAGAAACUAGCAAAAAUGUUGGAAACACUAUAUUAUAUGAAACUGUAUUAUCUAUUAUGGAUAUAAAAUCUGAAAGUGGACUGAGAGUGUUAGCAGUGAAUAUAUUAGGUCGAUUUUUAUUAAAUAACGAUAAGAACAUCCGAUAUGUUGCUUUGAAUACGUUAUUAAAAACAGUUUAUGUAGAUACAAGUGCAGUACAAAGACAUCGCUCAACAAUCCUGGAGUGUCUAAAAGACCCGGAUGUAUCGAUUAGAAGACGAGCUAUGGAACUUAGUUUUGCACUUGUAAAUUCAAACAAUAUUAGGAACAUGAUGAAAGAGUUAUUACUUUUUUUGGAACGUGCUGAUCCAGAAUUUAAAGCGCAAUGUAGUAGUAACAUAGUAAUGUCUGCCGAAAGAUUUGCACCAAAUAAACGUUGGCAUCUUGAAACGUUAUUCAAAGUUCUUGUUGCUGCUGGUAAUUAUGUUCGAGAUGAUGUAGUAGCAUGCACCAUUCAGUUAAUUUCAGAAACCCAAUCACAGCAAAGCUAUGCUGUCAGUGCAUUGUGGAGAGCACUGGAAAAAGAUACAUCCGAUAAGCAACCUUUGGCUCAAGUAGCAACAUGGUGUAUUGGUGAAUAUGGUGAUUUAUUACUAUAUGGACCACCAUCAGAAGAUAUAGAUACUCCUGUCAAUUUAACAGAAGAUGAAGUUAUUGAUGUUUAUCAAAGGUUACUCUGGAGUCCACAAAAUACAGUAGUCACGAAACAAUAUACAUUAUUAUCUCUCACAAAACUUAGCACAAGAUUUCAGAAGGGUAAUGAAAAAAUUCGUCAAAUAAUUGAUACAUUUGGAAGCAAUUUACAUAUAGAAUUGCAACAACGAGGUAUCGAAUUUUCACAGUUGUUCAGAAAAUAUGACCAUUUACGACCUGCAUUACUUGAAAGAAUGCCUCCUAUGGAAACUGCUAGACCACAAGCUAAUGGAAUUAUUGGUAUGGUAAAUGGUGAACCAGAACCAGAAGAAGAUAAAUCUUCAGUUUUGGAAGCGAGUACUCCACCAUCUGAUUCAAGUGCACUUCUAGAUUUGCUGGGAACCGCCGACUUAGGAAUGACAUCUUCUGUAUCAAAUAAAAGUCCACCUUCUAAUUCAACAAAUACAGUAAACAAUAAUGAUCUUUUGGAUCUACUUGGUAGUUUGGAUUUAAGUGCACCUACAUCUACAUCUACACUGCCACAGGCACAAACGCCAUUACAAAUAUUUAGUCCCACUAACACAACAAACUUUUUAGUGGAUGGUUUGCUUAAUUCAUCAUCAAUUCAAAAUGAUACACUUUCUAUGAUUGUAUUGGAUAAAGCAGGACUUAAAAUAACCUUCAAAUUGGAAAGACCACCAGAUAUUGCUGAUUUAUUAAUUAUUAAUAUGUCAGCGCAAAAUUCUGGAAGUGCUAUACUAACUGAUUUUCUGUUUCAAGCAGCAGUUCCUAAGACAUUCCAACUACAAAUGUUGUCACCAUCAAGCACAGUCAUUCCUCCUUCUGGACAAGUUACUCAAGUAUUGAAAGUUACAAAUAUCAACAAAGUACCUCUAAGAAUGAGAUUACGUAUAUCUUACACUGGACCAACAGGACCAGUUUUGGAACAAACGGAAGUAAAUAAUUUUCCUUCCCUAACAUUGCAGUGACAAAAUAUAUUAAGGAAGACAAUUGUACAUAUGCCUGUCUAAAUAAUUAAUUGAGUCUUAAAUAGACUGAAACCCAAUUUCAUCUUUUCAUCAGAUAAAAUGAAAAUAUAUUGGUAAAAUGACACGUUUGGCAAAAACGUUUACCGAUUGAUUGAUCUAAUAAUUCGUCAGAAAUAAUCAUUGAAUCUAAUAAGAUUCAAAUCUAUGAUGAAUUACAUUUUUUUUUAACAUACAUCUGCAAAUUUUUCAUCUGCUCACAAGCCAUAUUUUAUAUUUAUAGAAAGCUGAGGACGUAAUUUCUUGUAAGUAUGAUUUUUGCAAAUAUGCUUGUGUAUAAAUUGUUUUUAAAUUCUGAUUUUACACUGUUGAGUAUAAUAACAUAAUAAAAUAUCUUUUAAAUAUUUAAAAAUUUAUACAAUAAACAACCAUUCUUAGUAUUUUUAAAACAAGUAUUAUUAAUAAAUUGGUUACUUCCAUUAUAAAAUAAUUUUUUAACUAUCAUAAAAUAGUUUUGUAAUUGAUUUAAAUUAGCAGCUUGUUGAGCAGAUGGUAUGAUAUUUAUUUUGAAGUCUUUCAAAAAUAGUAAAAUUUAUUAUUAUAAUGAAAUUAUUAAAUGUCAAAAAAAGAAAGAAAGGAAUGUAAAAUUUCUCUUGUACUAUGCUGCAUGUAUUGUGAGAUGUGUAAAUAUUUUCUCUAACUGAAUAAUAGACAGAUAAAACAAUAUUACAUGCAACACUGUUAUUUGAUCUGUUGGAUUUCUAAUCUUACAGCUUCUGAUUUAGCGUAUAAUUUCUCGUAUAGAAUAAUUAAAAUAAAAAAUGCAUACGAAAAAAAAGGAUACAUAAGAGAAACUAUUAAACUCACUUAAUAAUACUGAUAAAAGGUGUUUGCCCCUAAAAAUGUUGCUGCCCGAUUAUAAAUGACAAGCACUUAAAUCUCGUUGUAAUAAUUGAUCUUUUCUACUAUAUUUGUAAGUAAUAAACGGACGCGAUUGCCUUGUAAAUAAUUAAAUAAUUACAGUAACAUAGAAGUAAUUAAAUUCUUAUUACGAGGAAUGUAAAAUGGGGUUCUUUACUACAUAUGUUUAUGAUAAAAUUGACACGUCAACAAUUUAUAGAGGAACAUUGCUUGUUUCACGAAAAGUUUUUUUAAGUGAGAAGGGGGUUACACAUAAAUACAUAUACAUGUAGCGUGUACGUUUGCUAUACCCCAUAUUUACGUCUGUUAUGGGUGGUGUUUAUACUGUUUUGAAUGUAUUUGGAGUAUAUGAUAUCAUUGGAGGGCUGAAUUCUGGUUGUCAAAUUAUUUUAUAUAAACAUGUUCAUUUAUUAAAUCACUUAAAAUUAUUAACAAAUUUUCUUUUCAUAAAAAAAUUAAAUUCACAUAAAACUUUAAAUAAUUUAAGCAUCAUGCACAAAAUCUAAAAUUAUUGUUAUUGAUAAAUAUCGUUUUGUAAUACAUAAUUUCUGAAAAAAACAUAUAUUUGAAUAUUCUUUAUGAACUAACUAAAAAUAGAGUAAAAAUUAUGAUAUGAAGAAGUAUUUUUACAUUCCUUUUAUUAUAGGAUUUAUUUAACUAUGUAAAAAUGUGUAAGAUUCAAUUUAAGAGAAGUAAAAAGAUUUAGUUCUUAAUCUUAAUUAAAUGGAUUUGAAAAUUGUAUGAGUGAAUUGAACCUUUUGAAACAAAAAUUCAUAUCUUUUUAUACGUGUUAUUUUUUCCUAUAUGAAGUAAAUAUUUGAUGAUGAAUGUGCGUCUAAAUCAUGCGAAACAGUACACAAUAAAUUGCGUAAAAAGUAGCAAUAGCAGAUCUUACUUGCAAGUAUUCACCUUUUUCAAGAUUUUAUGUAAAUGAAGUUACGAUACAGUUGUACUUAAUUGUAUUUAAUUUACUUUAUUCUAAUAGUAUUGUAUGAACAUGUAGAUUUUUAAGCGCAAUUAAUUUUAGUAUUAUAAAACGUCUAGUACUUUGAAUAACUAAGUUAACAAAAUGUUCUUUUACUAUUUCUUUUUCCUAAAUUUCUUUUAAAGCAUAAUUAUCAUAACAUACUAGUAAAAGUAUAUUAUCAGUAUAACUGUAUGCAUUUUAGCUCCGUCCCUUAUAUGUUGUGCGCUAUGAAUGCGGUGUAUAAUUCUAGAACAGGUGGGUGUGUUUCUGAGUGGCCUUGUCCUAAAGUCUGUGACACAGUGUCAGCCCUUCAGUGGGGUGUACUCUGCCUACUUGUUCUCAAUAUUAUAUUAGUUUUAUAAAUAUAAAUAUAUAUAAAUCAACUGUGAGGAUAUUGAAUAAUGAUAAAGAUGCUGUAUAUAUACUUUCUAGAGACUCAAGGUGUGAAAAUAAAAUGUAUUUUUAUUCCACUACUCUUUGAAAAA